AUGUUGGACUCCGCUUCUCUCAAUUUGCUCUUUCUAAUUGUCGUUGUGGUUCUGACUGUAGUCGGAUUGAUGGGAAAUGGCUUUAUCACCAUUGCAAGUUCCUGUGACUGGAUCAGAAGGAAAACACUAUCAUCAUCCCAUAUGAUAACGCUGGCUCUGAGUCUAUCCCGAUUUGCCUUUUACUGUGCAAAGAUUGGCACUUUCACCCAGCGGCAUUUCCUGCUAAUGAAGCUGAGAAUCUCUGGGAUGGUUCCAUAUCUUCUUCUGGGAUCAAUGUUGGUCUCUUUGAUCUCUUCUGUCCCUUUCAUCUGGACAGAUUUCAGUGUUCACCUCUGUAACUCAACCAGGAGUCCUGUGAAAAACACCACCGGUGACAACACUGUUGGAAGCAUCUCCUACUUCAAGGUUUUCAUCCUGUACCUGACUUGGGUGACAAUUCCUCUUCUGUUCUUCACAGCAUCAUCCACCCUCCUAAUUGCAUCUCUCUGGAGGCACACCAAACAGAUGAGACGCAGCAUGACUGACUUCAAGGAUCUGAGCACACAGGUUCACAACACUGCCAUUAAAACUCUGAUCUCCUUCCUAGUGCUUUAUAUCUGCAGCUUUGUAGCUGAGAUUCUGCUGGGGAUCCCUUCCUGCCUAUCUAGGAAUCCAUGGAAGCACACUAUCUGUUCAUUCAUCGUUGCUGUAUGCCCCUCCAUCCAUUCCAUUCUUUUGAUUCUCUUUAAUGACAGGCUGAAGCAGGCACUCAAAGGCAUUCUGCUUUCCAUGAAGUGCCAUGGGGGAAAAGCCUCUUCCUAA